UCUACAGUAUUUAAAGAUGAGUGCAACAAAAUUAACACCAAUACCAGUCAUCACAAAAUUGAGUACGAAUUUAAUUCGAAUCCUUGGGUGUAAUCCCGGUCCGAUGACUCUACAAGGAACAAAUACAUAUCUCAUUGGCAAUGGCAAACGUCGCAUUCUGUGUGAUACGGGCGAGUCCAAUAAACCGGAUUAUAUAAAACACUUGAAAAGUGUGUUGAGUGAUGAAAAGGCUACAAUUAGUGAUAUAAUUUUGACUCAUUGGCACUAUGAUCAUAUCGGUGGUGUAAAAGAAGUGUUGCAAUGUUUGGAUGAUGCCAAAGAUUGUAACAUUUGGAAAUAUCCACGAAGUGAUGCAGACGAUUCAUAUCCAGACUUUAUGGGCGAUAUCCAGCUGAAUACACUCAAACAUGAGCAAAUCUUCAGUACAGAUGGAAUGACUUUGAAAGUAGUUUACACACCAGGUCACACAACCGAUCAUUGCAUACUCUUUGUGGACGAAACGAAAGAAUUGUUUAGUGGCGAUUGCAUACUGGGCGAAGGCACAGCAGUAUUUGAAGAUCUGUAUGAUUAUAUGAAAAGCCUGAAGUUGAUUAUCAACGAAAAUCCAUCAACGAUUUACCCAGGCCAUGGUAAUAUAGUCACGAAUCCAAUACCAAAAAUUCAAUAUUACAUUGAUCACCGUAAUCAACGUGAAGCACAAAUUUUCGACGUGCUUGAGUCUAAUCCAGACAAAUGGUAUACAAACAUGGAUCUAGUGAAAAUUAUUUACAUCGAAACGCCAGAGCAACUGUGGAGAGCGGCCGCUCACAAUGUGACGCAACACUUGAGAAAACUGGAAAAAGAUAAAAAAAUCGAAUCCAAGAAAGUGGAUCCAUCCGACGAUGGGUCAAGCUCAUUGCAGUGGAAGUACUUGAAGUAAUAAAUUCAAUUAGACAACCUAGUGCCAAACGUGUAGUUCGAUGUAUCGAUUUUUAUAAUAAUAAUAAACGCCGAGUUGACUUUGA